UAGACCUAAUAUCAUUAUAUCAAUGAUUGUUCUCAUAUGUUAGCUCUAUGGUCAAACAAUCCAUUUAUUUCUGUGAUAGAAAAUGUUUUUUAAUUUCUAUGAUUGAAAGAAGGGAAUAAAUAAAUAACAACGAUUAAUCUAAAAUCUACUUCCUGUUAGAAGUGUCAUCUUUAUUUUUGUAUUAAUAUUAUCAUUACUUCGUAUAUGGAUAUUCUAUUUUAUCAAAAAAAUGGAAGUGAUAUUUCACGAGAAACAAGAGGGUUCCUUAUGUGCUCAGCACUGUUUAAAUUCCCUUCUUCAAGGAGCUUAUUUCACAGCAGUUGAUUUGAGUUCGUUGGCAUAUAAAUUAGACGAAGAAGAAAGGAAAAGAAUGGCUGAAUGUGGAGAAAAUAGUGAAGAAUAUCAAAAAUUCUUAAAACAGCCAUCUGGGAAUAUGGAUGAUAGUGGAUAUUUUUCGGUGCAGGUUAUUAGUAGUGCCCUAGAGGUUUGGGGUCUAGAAUUAGUGCCUUAUUCUAGUACAGACGAACGAGUUAAAUGUGGUCUCACUGAACCACAUAAAAUGAACGCAUUUAUAUGCAAUUACAGGGAUCAUUGGCUCACAAUAAGAAAAAUUGGAAAUCAAUGGUUCAACUUGAAUUCCUUACUAACAAGACCACAACUUCUAUCUGAUACUUUCUUAUCCCUUUUUCUCGCUCAACUGAAGAAUGAGGGAUAUUCAAUAUUUGUAGUUGUUGGUAAACUGCCAGAAUCAACUGCUGACCAAAUUUUGUUGAAAACACCUUUUGUUCCUCCCAAAUCAUCUCCACAUGAAAUACCCUUACAAAAAACUGAUAGUGACCCUCAAAUACAAGAAGCAAUCAGUCUUAGUUUACAAGAAGAAUCUACUUCAUAUGAUUAUUUAGGCGUGGAAGAUGAUCCAGAACUACAGGAAGCAUUGAGAUUAAGUUUAGCUCACCAAGGAAGUAGUGAAAUUAAGGAAGAUGAUGAGGAAACAAUGUUACAAAAAGCCAUAAAUAUGAGUUUGCAAUGUUAGCUUCAGUACCUAUUUUUGCCAUUGAGAUAUUCUGAAAAGAAUCAACAUAAACUUUCAAAGCAUCCUAUUGAUGUUAUGAAUGAAGCUUGGGUAUCCAUACAGACAGUAUUUUAAAAUUAAUUCUUGUGAUAAUUUUAUUAAUACAUUUAUCAUUUAGUGGUGGUGCUUGUGUUCUGUUAGGGGCUUAAUAUUUUAUUCUGCAUUGUUAUAUUCUUCUUAUUUUUGGGUUUUAAUUUCUUUUCAUUAUUAUUAGACAGUUUUCACUGUAUUUGUUUUUUCAUGUGGAUUGUUUUGAAAGUUGUGUCAUAAAAAUGUCAUUUUGUAAAACUCACGAUAAAUGGCAUGAAAAGAUCAAGAAUUGUCGAAUCAAUUUAACUCUUCAAAUGAAAUUUUCAAUAUACACGAUUUAUAAGUCCAAUUAUUAUGAUUAGACAAUGUAAGUUCUAUCAUUAUCAUUUUUUGUUUAAUCGAUAGUAUUUUUAUACAGCUUCUAUAGUUGGAGAAGACCUUUCAAACUGCAAAGUAUGUUAUAAAAUUAUAUAUUCUUGGUUUCUAAAUUUUCAAGCUCAAUUUUCCUAUUGGAAUUUUAUGAAUUAUCUCAACAGUGAGAAAUUGAACACAUCUUUUGAUCAUUUCACAAUAAAAGUAAUAUUCAAUUAACAUUUAUGUAACAAGUGUGAAGCAGGUAUUAUUUUGAAGUUAUAUAGGUUACUGUGAGUGGAAUGAUUGCAAUCAUGAUCAUUUCACAUUCAUUCCAUAUAUUUAUAAAUGUAUAAAUAUAAAACUUGAUCAAAGUAUGUAACCUUAAUCCAAAAUAAUUGACAAGUCCUUCAUGUUAAUUAUAUCCAUGUAUUUAUUCUAAAACAAUUUUUUUAAUUUAUUAUAACCAUUAUAAUUUUUGGAAUGUGUAGAUUUUGAUCUUCUAAGGGAUGGGAAUUUUUUAAAUUUCCUUCUCCAAUGAAACAUAUAUUUGAAAUUAUUUUGACUAAUUUAUUCCUUUAUGUUGUUGUUGAUGUUUGUUGAAUGUUUUUUCACUAAAAUGCUGAGAAAAUAGA